AUGGAUGCAUUCACUUUCAGGCUUCUUGAGUCAGUCCACACGCUUCUCAUAUGUUCCUUCACAUGGCGUUCUUUAGUACUAGAAUUCAAUGAUCCUGCCGCUCGCGCAAGGACGCAAGUGUCUGACGACGUAACAACAGGCAUCACGGGUUCAAUCAUUUUCUUGGUCCAUUGUUUCUAUGCACGUCGGAUAUGGAUAUUGAGUCUGCGCAAUAAACUAUUGAUUGGCGUCUUGAUCCUGGCUGUCUGUCACUUUGUACUUGAAAUCGGGGUGAUGGCUUUGACGUUCAAAUGGCCCGAAUUCUCUGAAUUCCACAGGAUUGAACCGUAUUAUACAGCUUCUCUCGCUGUUGCUGCAGCAAAUGAUAUAAUUAUCACUGUAUCAAUAGUUUACCUCUUGGCCAGCAGUCGUAACGGGAUAAAGAGCACAAACACAAUUGUCUCCAGAAUUAUAUCAUAUAUCAUUAGUUCUGGAGUUUUAACAAGCGUGACAGAUGUUGCUAUCUUAGUUUGCUUUGUCGCCAUGCCUAACAAUCUAGUAUAUCUUGCACUGUACCAAUUCAUCAAUAACCUUUAUGCGAACUCUUUAUUAGCUACCCUUAAUGCGCGAGAAUCGCUGAGAGAAGUCACGACAUCAACUAACAUUCUUUCGCAAGGUGUUGCUUUGUCGGAUUUCUGA